CGCCGUGGCGCUGGAGCGCAUCCAGAAGCGCCUGGAGCUGGUGACGCGCCUCUUCCAGAACGGUUUCGUCAUCCAGCUGGGCACGCCCGCCGCCUGGCACCUGGAGUUCUUCCAGACCAGCAACGCCACCCUGGAGCAGGGCGAGGAGGCGCAGAAGAACGUGGAAGCCAGCGUCAGCCUCGUCAACGAGUUCCAACUGACGCCGGACCAGGGCGCGUUCGCGCUGCCCACCUUCAGCAUACUGAACACGGUGAUCGCCGACUCGUGCCCGCGCACGGCCUCCUGCCAGGCCACCAAGUACCGCUCCGCCGACGGCAGUUGCAACAACCUGCAGCACGAUCGCUGGGGGCGCGCGGGCACCGCCCUGCAGCGAGUCCUGCCGCCCAAGUACGGCGACGGAGUCAAUUCACCACGAUCUGAAGGGUUACCAAGUGCUCGAGUUGUCAGUAUCUCAUUUGCUACUGAUGUUGACCAGCCCUAUGACAAUUACACUCUCUUAAUCAUGCAAUGGGGACAGUUUUUGGAUCAUGACCUUACACAUACACCUGUAACAAGAGGGAAGGAUGGUUUUGGUCUUACUUGUUGUGACAAUGGUGAGAUUAUAGCUGAAGCAAAUCGUCAUCCUGACUGUUUUCCAAUUUCUUUACCUCAAAAUGAUCACGUUUUUGCUCGAUUUAGAGAGCAAUGUAUGGAAUUCGUUCGUUCCCUGCCGGCACCACGACCAGAAUGCAAUUUUGGUCCACGAGAACAGAUGAAUCAAAUUACUGGCUAUUUAGAUGGCUCCAAUAUUUAUGGUUCUAAUGAUAGAGCACAGAGAGAAUUGAGACUUGGACGUGGUGGUUUCUUGCGUGCUCAGAAUGUCCGUGGCAGACAAAUGCUUCCAGAGAAUCGAGGUGAAUGCACCGAUGCAUCAGAACGUCUGGCUUGUUUCAAAGCAGGUGAUUCACGGGUGAAUGAACAAGUUGAAUUGGCAGUUAUGCACACUAUCUGGAUGCGAGAGCAUAAUAGAGUGGCAGCUGAAUUGGCUAGAUUGAAUCCAAACUGGAAUGAUGAGAUUCUUUUCCAAGAAGCAAGGAGAAUAGUAAUAGCAGAGAUGCAACAUAUUACAUACAAUGAAUUUCUUCCUUUAAUAUUAGGUCGUGAUUACAUGGAGAAAUUCGAGCUGGUUCCUAAAGAGAAAGGUCAUACUUCUCUAUAUGACCCAGACCUCAAUGCAGGAAUUACAAAUGUUUUUGCGACUGCAGCUUUUCGAUUUGGACAUACACUCAUCCAGAGUUCUUUGCAAGGAUUUAGUCAGUUUGGUACUUUGCGAGAAAAUCUCCAGUUGCAUAAGCAUCAAUUUGAACCCUUUGUCCUGUAUAACGAAGGAUCAUUUGAUAAUUUUCUGAGAGGACUAUCAACUCAGACAUGCCAGAAAUUCGAUCGCUUUUUUUCAAAGGAGACCGCUUAUUUCAAGGAGAUCUGGAUUUUGGAUUGGAUCUGGUGGCUUUGAAUAUUCAGCGUGGUAGAGAUCAUGGACUUCCUCCAUAUAAUGAUUGGCGAGAAGUAUGUGGACUUCCUCGUGCAAGAUCAUGGGAAGGACUCCUUGAUGUGAUGGAUCAACAGAGUGUUGCCGUGCUCCAGAGAUUGUAUCGUAGUGUAGAUGACGUGGAUCUUUUCGUUGCUGCAGUAGCCGAAAAACCUCUGAAAGGUGCCAUUAUGGGUCAAACUUUUGUUUGCCUUGUUGGUGAUCAGUUUGCUCGACUAAGAAGAGGAGAUCGUUAUUAUUAUGAAGAAGGCAACCAAGCAUCUUCUUUUACUGAAGGGGAUAUUGAAAAUUAA